AGAAGGGAAUAGAAGGCAGACACUAAAACAGCAGCCUAACUCAGCCCUUUCUGCUUGUUCCUUAAAGGUCUUCCACUUCAACACAAUGCUACUGCCAAAAAAAAUGAGGCUCCUGCUGUUUCUGGUUUCCCAAAUGGCCAUCUUUGCUCUGUUCGUCUACCUGUACAGCCACAACAUCAGCUCCCUGUCUGUGAAGGCGCAGCCCAAGCACAUGCACGUGCUGAUUCUGUCUUCCUGGCGCUCCGGCUCUUCUUUUGUGGGGCAGCUUUUUGGGCAACACCCAGAUGUCUUCUACCUUAUGGAGCCUGCCUGGCAUGUGUGGAUGACCUUCAGGCAGAGCACCGCCAGAACUCUGCACAUGGCAGUGCGGGAUCUGAUACGGGCCAUCUUCUUGUGUGACAUGAGCGUCUUUGAUGCCUACAUGGAACCUGGUCCCCGGAGACAGUCCAGCCUCUUCCAGUGGGAAAACAGCCGGGCCCUGUGUUCCACACCUGCCUGCAACAUCUUCCCACGAGAUGAAAUCAUCCACCAGGCUCACUGCAGGCUCCUGUGCAGUCAACAGCCUUUCGAGAUGGUGGAGAAGGCCUGCCGCUCCUACAGCCACGUGGUGCUCAAGGAAGUACGCUUCUUCAACCUGCAUUCCCUCUACCCACUGCUGAAAGACCCUUCCCUCAACCUGCACAUCGUGCACCUGGUCCGGGACCCCCGGGCUGUGUUCCGUUCCCGAGAACGCACAGAGGGGGAUCUCAUGAUUGACAGUCGCAUUGUGAUGGGGCAGCACGGGCACACACUCAAGAAGGAGGACCAACCCUACUAUGUGAUGCAGGUCAUCUGCCAAAGCCAGCUGGAGAUCUACAAGACCAUCCAGUCCUUGCCCAAGGCCCUGCAGGAACGCUACCUGCUCGUGCGUUAUGAGGACCUGGUUCGAGCCCCUGUGGCCCAGACUUCCCGAAUGUAUGAAUUCGUGGGGUUGGAAUUCUUGCCCUACCUCCAGACCUGGGUGCAUAAUAUCACUCGAGGCAAGGGCAUGGGUGAGCAUGCCUUCCACACAAAUGCCAGGAAUGCCCUCAAUGUCUCCCAGGCUUGGCGCUGGUCUUUGCCUUAUGGAAAGGUUUCUCGACUUCAGAAAGUCUGUGGCGAUACCAUGGAUACGCUGGGCUACCGCCACGCUGGAUCUGAACAUGAACAGAGAAACCUGUUGCUGGAUCUUCUGUCCACCUGGACUGUCCCUGAGCAAAUCCGCUAAGAGGGUUGAGGAGGCUUUGUCCCCACCUGGUGUCAGCCUCAGUCACUUUCUCUAAUGCUUCUGAGCCUUGCCUACAUCUCUGAGCCUUAAUUACCUGCCUGUAGGUAUCACUGUUGAGUGUGAGUUGUGCCCACACAUGUUCAAGCAGAAGGAUUUUUGUGUCCAUGCUUGUGUCUAGAAAACAAACUUGGGAAACUUGCUCACUGAUGUGAGCAGCACGUCCCAUCAGUGAAACAGGGUAUUGCUCUUCUUCUCUUCUUCUUUUUUAUUUUUAUUUUUUAUUUUUUGAGACGGAGUUUCACUCUUGUUACCCAGGCUGGAGAGCAAUGGCACGAUCUCGGCUCACCGCAACCUCCGCCUCCUAGGUUCAGGCAAUUCUCCUGCUUCAGCCUUUUGAGUAGCUGGGAUUACAGGCACACGCCACCAUGCCCAGCUAAUUUUUUGUAUUUUUAGUAGAGACGGGGUUUCACCAUGUUUACCAGGAUGGUCUCGAUCUCUUGACCUCGUGAUCCACCCGCCUCAGCCUCCUGAAGUGCUGGGAUUACAGGCGUGAGCCACCGCACCUGGCCUCUUCUCUUCUUCUUAAUCUUCCUGUCUGGGCUGACUUCAGAGACUUUGUGGCCCUGAGGCCUAUUAAGGAUGACACAGUAUCAGUGGAAUUGAUCAAAAACCUCCCUGUCCACAUCUUGCCCAAUGGGGAAUCUUUCACCAAAAAGCUCACCAGUGUUUUCCACAGAGAUACAAGUUCUGAGCCCUCGGAGUUCCCAGUGGAUUCAAAAAAGGAAGUGGGAACAAGGUUGGAUACCUACUUCUGAGCUUGAACAUCACAGCUAUCAGCUAUCACAAAUAUGAAACAAAAUCUCUGCACAACAGAGUAAGCUCUUAAGUUCAUGGGGUGCCUGGGCUGCAUUUGAAUGUCAUUUCCCCUCCACAUUUUCCUAUCACAUAAAAGACUUUGGCUGGUGAAGCUGCCAUCUGUUAAUACUAAAAUUCCAAAAUAAGAUUCUGUUUGGAAUAUCCCUUUUUAUGCUUCUUAAUUACUAGCAGCAAAUGUUCAUUCUUAGGGGGUCCUAA